AUGGUUGAGGAUUGGUACAAUUUAAGGAACGGUUGGGGAUAUGCUGAAUUUGUGUCUGUGGCUCAACUUACAAAGGCUUACUUGGACAAGGAGGGAAGUUUGAAUGUGGAGAUCGAAUUUGAUGUUGUCUCUGAAACCAAAUACUCUUUCAAACGCCCGCAAGGUGGUGGCCGAGCUUGGUAAAUGGUGAAACUCCCACAUUCAGGUUCUAUUUUUCUUUCUUGCUGUUAACAACACUUUGUUGGGAUGGAAAUUGACUUGGUAGUUAGAAAUGCAAACCGCAGUGCGGUUGCUCUUUGGAUCUAUUUCAUCCCUUUAUAUAACAUCUUGACGUGAGCUCCUGAUUUUUUCUUCUUUCUUUUUGUUUAGCAAUUUCACUUUCCUUCUAUUUGGGGUAUUUUUGAUUACACAAGGAUAAAUUAAAAAAAGUGCCUUAACCAAGAUCGACCGUAAGGCAAAAGAGAUCCACUUAGCAAACGAAAAAGAGCCCACAAUGAACGAUUUGGUAGCGGAUGAGAGAAUUUACAAGUAUAUAUAUUCUCAAUAUAAUAACGUUUUAAAAUUUCGACUCGAACUUAUUUUCAAUACAUUUGAUGCCAUCUAGUAAAGGAAUAUAUACCAUUUAUUUUACUAGAAUCAUUAGUCUCUUGCCAUCUAGCAAGUUUGAAGUUUCCCUUGUAAAAAU